GAAGAGGCCGAGGUGGGGUGGCAGGAGAAGCUCUUCAGCCAGUUUGAGGUGGAUCUGUACCAAAAUGAGUCAGCCUGCCAGACACCCCUGGACCGGCAAUACCAUGAGGAGAUCCUCAAACUGGAGAAGGCUGGAGGUCGGAAGAACUGUCGCAUCUUCACCUACACUGAUCAUGACCGAUUCACCAACCUAGAGGAGCACUGCCAGAAGGUAACUGACUCAGAUCAUGAGGUACCAUCGUAUCUGGCAGAGAGGAUGGCCAAUGUGAGAAGGAGAAGACAAGACCGCAGGUCAAUAGAAGCAAGUUCUCUGAAGUCGAAAAUCAUCACCUGGGAACCCUCAGAGGAAUUUGUAAAGAACAAUCACGUGAUUAACACUCCUGUCCAGACCAUGUACAUCAUGGGGGAUUUGGGACCUUAUGGGAAGCUUGGUCACAGGGAGUAUGAACAUGUUCUUUGCACAGUCAAGGUGGAUGACAAUGGGGUGAUCACAGUGAAGCCUGACUUUACUGGCACCAAAGAAGCUUACCGGAUCGAGCUGGAUGGAGAGAAGCGAGAGGUGUGGAAAUACACCAUUGAGAAUGCAUCUGUCCAGGUGCAGCCAGAGGAGGAGGAACGCGAGCAGCGUGUUUUCAGAGACCUGUAUGAUCGCCACAGGGAGUACCUCAGUCGUCUCGUAGGCUCAGAAUUUGAAAUGACUCUUCCUGGUACUCUGCGGCUUUUUGUGAAUGGAGAAAUAGUUUCAGCUCAAGGCUAUGAGUAUGACAACCUCUAUGUUAAUUUCUUCCUGGAGCUGCCUGACCAGUGGUCGAGCCCCGCGAUGCAGCAGCUAUCAGGAGUGACACAGACCUGUGCCACCAAGACAGUGGGCUGGGAUAACGUGGCAUACUUCUGCUACCCCUUCACUUUGGAGAUGUUUUUCACGCAAGGAGAUGAAUCGGAAGACAGCCUCCCUCAGUGGCCUGUUCUCUACUUUGCGGUCCUGUCCCUGGAUUUCUGGCAGAGGUAUCGUGUGGAAGGAUAUGGGUCUUUGGUGCUACCAGCAUCUCCAGGUCUCCACGUGCUCACCAUCCCUACCUGGCGUCCUGUGGAGCUGGGCACAGUCGCUGAGCUGAGGAGAUUUUUCAUUGGUGGAUCUCCUGAGCUGGAGGACAUAACCUACGUCAGGAUACCAUCAACCUUCAAGGGAGAGCGUCUGAGCCGCUUUGGUUUUCGCACAGAGACAACAGGGAGCGUCACGUUCAGGCUUUAUUGCCUGCAGCAGUCUAAAGCUUUUCUGGAAACCAGUGCCCUGAGGCAGCGCAUGCAGAGUGUACUGGACCGGCUUGGAGGCUUCAGCCAGCAGAGCUCUGUCUACAACGUUUUGGAGGCUUUCCAGAGGGCACGGCGCCGGAUGCAGGAAGCACGUGAGAGCCUUCCUCAAAACCUCAUCAGCACCUCUGCCUCCACUGUGCAGCAGCCGCAGGAACCGUGAUGAUCAUCUCCGCUGCCAGGGAGCAGGCAGCAUCCGCUCUCCCACACGAGCUCCC